UGGUACACGGUGGGCAGAUCAUGUGCAUGCCGACGUCGUGAAAACGAUACGAGUUUGUUUUUCACUCAGCGUGUUUCCGCUGCGGUCGCCUGUGGAUUUAGGGGAAUCACUCACACAUGACAGCUAAGGGUUGGAUAUUUAUCACACAAACAUGAAGAUCGUACUGCUAAUUCUGCUCUCCGCAUUAGGGCACGUUCUAGCCGACUACCGCCCUAAACCGCGCGGGCCGCCUGUCUACCCCUACCAGAUCCCUCCGAAGCAGCAGUACGCGUCCAAAAAGCUGUACCGCCCUCCAGUGAGGUCACGCCCCCCUCCACCUGGACCACCUUACAAGCAGUUGCCCGCUCCUCCUCCUAUUUCGGCAGGACUGCCUCCCAUUGGCCUGCCAUCCCGACAACCAAUCAGGACUUUCUGGAAGAACAAGACACCGCCCUCUCCGAUAAAGUUCCCUGUUAUGGAUGGAAUUGGGGAUGGGUACAAGAUGGUGCUGCCUCCUAAGAGUCACAAGGAAUUGUUUUUGGGACCUGCGGCGCUUGCUGCUCAGGAGUUCGACUACCAUAUCCAAGCGAACAGCAUACCAACCGCACUGCCGCACCCAAUAAAACAAAUAGGAGAGAAAGGCCCCAUACAUACCAUUCCAGCACCGAACUUGAGUUUAAAGGACAAGCCCAUCGUAGUUGAAGAGGUCAGGUACCAUCAGCAGCAACACAAGCAACAACAACAACAGCAGUAUUCACCUUACAUAGGACCAGAACAUCAACAACAGCAAUAUCCUGGAUCUGAACAUUCCAACCAGGCAUACCAAGUAACUGAAAAAACAGACGCAUCUCACAAGCAAAAGCUAUACAGGUUACCACCACAGGUGCAACAGGAGAUGCAUCAGCAAAAAAUGAUUCAACAGCAACAGCAACAACAAAAGUAUCAUUCGCAAUUCCAAUACGACCCUUUGCAACAGAAAAUUCAACAACAGCUGCAAGAACAGCAGAUGCCUCAACAUUAUCAACAUCAGCAGCAGAGUGAUCUCGAUGUUAGUCAACAACAAAAGAUUCAGCAACAAAUUCAACAACAAAUACAACAACAUGAACAGCAGUUUCAACAACAGCAGCAUAAAAUAGAGCUUCAACAACAGCCUGUAGAGUAUUACGGAGCUGAAACUAUUGUAAUACCCCCUCAAAAUUCACAGCAACAGGCACAGCAACAACAACAGCAGCAGUCUUCCAAUCAAGGAGAAAUAUACUUAGGAAAUAACUUGGGUACCAAGGAGCUGUAUCAGCUACUUGGAGCUGCCUAUCCACAAGCGGUUGCAGCUCAAGGCACUCGGCAAGCACCAGAUUAUCAAGCAAUACUUUCACAACAACUCUUCAAGCCUGAACAGCAGUCUAUCGGAACAACAGUUGGAGACUCUAUCAGUUUCAAACCAGAUUUCCAAUCGUUCAAUUACGAUGAACAAGCACACCAAAAAAGUCAAAAGGGCUUGGGUUCUUUGGUGACAGCCUCAUACAACUUAGACUCGUCAGAAGCCGGUUCAGAUAUAAUUUCAUCCAGAAAUGCUAAUAUGCAGGUCAGCUUUGACUCUAGAGCAGAUGUUGUUGAAGAAAAUGCUGUUGAACCCGACAAACAAGAAAAGGUUGACGAGAAAUCAUUAGGAUCCAGCUUCUUUUCAUCUCUUCCUAGCAAAGAAGCAGCUGAAAGGCUAGCUCAGUUGCAACAAGCUGGAAAAGUCAACAGUAAGUUGAUGACAAUCGAAAAAGAUCCCAUGGAAAUUAUAGCAGAAGAUCUGGAAAGUGAAGAAGUAAGUAGAGAAAACACCCAAAAAGAUGAUCGGGAUGGCGAUUAUGAUGAUUAUUCCAAAGAAGACGUUGACACGUCUGAAAAAGACAGUUCCGAGUUUGGUCAAAGGCUGAAACCUACCAGGAAGAGUUGAGUUCAUUUGGUAUUUGUUAGUAUUAUUGUUGUUAUUUAUUUGUUGAUGAGUAUUAUUUAUUUAUUUCUUGCCUAU